CGCAUGACAGUGGAAACAUUAUUUAUCAGAAAUAUUUGAUAAAUAAUUUAUUUUCAAAUACAAUUAAGUAUUGGCCAAAUAACUGAGAACAUAUUUAUUUUAAUAACGUGGCGAAAUGGGACAUCACGUCAGUUCAAUGUUUUCCACUUUGGGAAGGUUCUUCGAGUACCCGGUGAAGAGGAAACCAAUCUGUUUCUAUAGACAGGAGGAUUUCAGUGCUACAGGUGAACCGCAUAGAAAAAUGGGAGAACUGCAGAGAAAUACACAAACAGACUACGACAAAUUGGUCGAUUUGUUCUACACGCGACUUGCGGAGCAGCGCCAGUAUAACCAAGAGAUGAAGGAGAAGGACCGCAGGUGGAGCAUACAGAAGGUGGUGGAGCGCUUCCCGGGCUGGAACGAGGUCACCAUCGCCAACCUGCACAGCUUGUUCCUGCUCUUCGAUAACCAGUCCAACGGCAUGCUAGGAUUCGAUGAUUUCGGCGCGGUCCUAGAAAGUCUAGGAGACGAGAGCGGCAUGGAUGUCCGCAAGGAGAAGUUCAAUAACGCAGACACUGACAACGACGGUUGGAUAACUUAUGACGAGUUUCUAUCGUUGGUAUACAACUUCAACCCUGGUGAGGAGGGUCGCGUCACAGGCCUGGCCGCGAUGUGCAAUGACGUAGCGGAGAACAUACAGUUUGUCAGCAAUCUCACCGUGGGCGAGCAACUCGAGUACGGAUUGUUUUGAAUGUUUCAUUGUUGUAAUAAACUUAGUUUUAUGUUUUUAA